GUGUGCUUACGAGUGCAGACACUGGGGGGUUUUCAACUUAUCCAGAGAUCAUCACCAUUUUGCCGCCUGUCUUCUUGAUUCCGAGUUGCACGAUAUUGGGUUCCAGGGGCAACCCUUUACUUGGCAGCAGGGGACUAUCUGGAGGAGACUGGAUAGGUAUGUGGCAAAUAACUCAUGGUCUCUGUGGUUUUCGCAGGCUCUGGUGAAGCACCUGCCGAAGCUGAAAUCAAACCAUGUGCGCAUCCUACUUAACUUGGAUUAUCAUGGUAAUUCCUUUGUUAGACCUUUCCGUUUCUUAGCUCCUUGGCUUAUUCAUAAGGAUUUUCAUGCGCUAUUGAUUAAUAAUUGGUGUACUGAUAACCUGCUAGAGGAUAAUAUUUCAUCUUCCAUGUCCACUGCAAAAAUUUGGAAUAAUGAAGUAUUUGGUAAUAUUGCAAAGAGAAAAUCUCGCAUUUUAGCCAGGCUUAAUUGUAUUUCUGCAAAUCUUUCUUUUGAGCCGAAUCCUUUUCUUGAGGAUCUUCAAUCGUGUUUAUGGAAGGAAUUAGAAGAUUUGCUCAUUCAAGAAGAAAUAUACUGGAAAAAAUGUUCACGAUGUAAGUGGUUAAAUUAUGGAGACAUGAACACCUCCUAUUUUCAUGGUGUAGCCACUUCAAGAAAGAGACGAAAUAGAAACCUUUAUACGAAAGAUUCCGGGUAUGAGAGAUUGGAAGCUCCGGGUUUGUUUCCAACGAUUUCUGAGGAUGAUAUAGCAAUGUUGACUAAGGAGGUGACAGUUGAUGAGAUUAGAACUUCCCUCUUUGCAUGGGGGCCUGGAAAGCUCCAAGUCCUGAUGGUUUGCCUCCAAUGUUUUACCAAAGUAAUUGAUCUUCUAUUAAAGAUUCUCUAAUCAGUUGGGUUAAAAGGGUCUUCCAAUAUCAUCAACAGAUUAAAGUUGUGAAUAAUACUUAUAUUUUCCUUAUCCCAAAGAUUUAUAAUCCCGAGACCAUAAGGCAUUUUGGGCCAAUUGGUUUGUGCAAUGUAUCAUACAAACUCAUUACCAAGAUUGUGUCUCAACGACUGAAAGAAAUCAUGCCCAAGCUUAUUAGCCCUGCUCAAUGCAGUUUUGUUCCAGGCAGACAGAGUGCGGACAAUAUUUUGGUGGCACAAGAGGUCCUCUACACUAUGAGAAAUAAAAAGGGUGAGGGCGGAUUCAUGGCCAUUAAAAUCGACCUUGAAAAAACAUACGAUCGGUUGAAAUGACAAUUUAUCAGAGAUACUCUGCUGGAGGCCAACAUUCCCAACAAUCUAGCUGAUUUGAUCUUUCACUGUUACUCGUCAGUAGAGAUGCAGGUUCUUUGGAAUGGGUCACCUUCAGUCUCCUUCACUCCGAGUAGAGAAAACCGCCAGGGUGAUCCAAUUUCUCUAGAUCUUUUCGUUUUAUGCAUAGAACGCCUAUCUCAAAUAAUCUCGGUAGCAGUGAAUAAUAGAAUUUGGGAGCCUAUUAAGCUUAGCAAGGGAGGUCCGCAACUCUCUCAUAUCUGUUUUGCUGAUGACAUUGUUCUUUUUGGAAAAGCAACUAUGGAUCAAGUAGAAGUCGUGCGUGGUAUGUUGAAUUUUUUUGC